AUGUAUCUUUUCACAGUGCACUGUUUUACUUCCACUGAUGAGGAAGCAGCUGCUCUUGUCAAAUGGAAAGCAACUUUCCAUAACAAGAAUAAUUCCUUAUUGGCUUCAUGGACACUAAGUACUGAUGCAUGCAGGGACGAUUGGUAUGGAAUAAUAUGCUUUAAUGGUUGGAUAAACAGGUUGAAUAUUUCAAAUGUUGGUGUUACUGGUGACUUAACCAAGAUAUUGAACCUUGGUUUGAACAAUCUUUCUGGUCCCAUUCCAAGUGAGUUGGGGAAUUUGAAAAACCUCACCGCUUUGUCAUUGUCUUAUAAUCAGCUUAGUGGUUCAAUUCCAAUUACUCUAGGUGACUUAACCGAGCUCAAGAUACUGUCCCUUUUUUCUAAUCAACUUUCUGGUCCCAUUCCUAGUGAGUUGGGGAAUUUGAAACACCUCACCGGUUUGUCAUUGUCUAAUAAUCAGCUUAGUGGUUCAAUCCCAAUUACUCUAG